AGCCCUGAGGAAGGGCCUUGACCCCAGACGUCAACCACCACAAAUUUCCUCCUGUAGCUCAGAGAAGGGCUGGUUCACCCUGAGUGCAAUGUCACUGAUAUUGACCCCUCCCCAGUUCCUCAGGCCAUGCGUUGUCCCUUGGCCGAGCGCCAGUUGCCCUGGCCUCUUCCUCCAUGAGGUCAUUUGCCCUUCCAGGGGUGAGUGGCCCCUCUCCAAGGGGUCAGUUUCUUUUUCCAUGGAUUUAUUCGCCUCCGCGUCCAGGGUUAGUUGCCCCUCCAGAGAUUUAUGUGCCCCCUGGCCAGGAUUAGUUGCGCCCUUAUAUGAUGGUUAUUUGCCCCCGACUCAGCGUCAGUUGCCCGCCGCGAGUUCCCGGAGUGGGCGGCGCUUCUGCUGUUCUGCUGCCGGUGGGGAUGGCGCUGUUCCUCGGCCGCUGGAGCUGAGCUGUCGGGACAUGGCGAGCCGGCGCUCCCGCCGCCUGCAUCCCUGAAGCUUCCGAGCCGGUGCCGCAGCGACUUGGCCCCCUCCCCGGGCGAAGGAGACAGCCCAGCCCGGGAGAAGGCUGCUCUCAGCGAGUAGUGUGGGCACUGGAACUGGAAGCAUGGCGGACAUGGAACUGACCCACCAACCGCUUCAGAGCCCCGGUGCCCGUCUGGGACAGCAGACCACUGGCAUCAGCACCUUGGAACCAGGGCAGAAACCACCCAACUCUCCCUCUGGUAAACUCGUCCCUAUCAAGGUUCAGAUGCUGGAUGACACCCAGGAGGUGCACGAAGUUCCGUUAAAAGCCCCCGGGAAGCAUUUGUUGGAUUUGAUUUGCCACAAUCUGAACCUCAUUGAAAGUGAUUACUUUGCACUGGAGUUCUUGGACCAUCACAAGGUUAUGGUGUGGCUGGACCUACUGAAGCCAAUUGUGAAACAAGUCAAAAGGCCUAGGCACGUUGUGAUGAGAUUCGUCGUGAAGUUCUUCCCACCUGAUCACACGCAGCUUCAAGAAGAACUGACGAGGUAUCUCUUUGCAUUGCAAAUCAAGCAGGACCUGGCCUCGGGCAGAAUGACUUGCAACGAUACAAGUGCAGCUCUCCUGGUCUCUCACAUCAUCCAAUCGGAAAUUGGGGACUUCGAUGAGGAUGUUUUCUCCGAGCAUUUGGCGAAACACAAGUACAUCCCUCAGCAAGACGCUCUGGAGGAGAAGAUAAAGGAGUUUCACCGCCAGCACGUCGGUCAAACACCUGCUGCUUCUGACUACCAGCUCCUGGAGAUCGCGAGGAAGUUGGAAAUGUAUGGAAUCCGCCAGCACCGAGCGAAGGACAGGGAAGGGACGAAGAUCAACCUCUCUGUGUCGCACACGGGAAUUAUUGUCUUUCAGGGGAAUAACAAGAUCAACUCGUUCAACUGGGCCAAGGUUCGCAAGCUGAGCUUCAAAAGGAAGCGGUUCCUCAUUAAGUUCCGUCCAGAGACAAAUUCCUGUCAGGACACCUUGGAGUUUACCAUGGCCAGCCGAGAUUCCUGCAAGGCCUUCUGGAAGAUCUGCGUGGAAUAUCAUGCCUUCUUCCGACUGUUUGAGGAGCCAAAACCCAAACCCAAGCCCCUCCUCUUCAGCAGAGGAUCCUCGUUCAGGUUCAGUGGGAGGACCCAGAAGCAGCUGCUGGAUUAUGUUAAAGAAGGCGGAUACAAAAAGAUCCAGUUUGAGAGGAAACACAGUAAAUUGCUCUCCAUCCGAAGUCUGCCAGAUCAUCAGUCAAUGGUGCCAAAACAAAAUGAAGACUUUCACUACAGGACAGAGUCCCCAUCAACGGGACCGCCAUCUCCCAACGAAAGGAAAGAGCCGGCCACUCCCCGUCUGGCUGCUGAGAAGCCAGCGGUAGAGCGCAAGAGUUCCUCGCCGUCCCGAAGCCCCAGGAGGGACAAGCAGGAGGAGGAGGAGGAGGCAGCGAGGGAGAAGACCCAGCUGGCGAAGGCACAGCAAGACCAACAGAGUGCAGUGUCCCUGGCGUGCAGCCCUCAUGUCUCGGAGCUCUCGCUGAAUUCCCAGGCUGGGCCCGGUGUCCUGAACCUCUCCCUGUCUCCCAGCCUCAGCCCGGACGGCAGGACGCACUCGCCAUUGACCACGCCCCUGCUGACCGACACCACUUGUGUCAAGGCUGACGAAGAGGAGGAAAUGAGGAGGAAGCGUUUCCCAGCCGACAAAGCCUACUUUAUUGCCAAAGAAGUGUCCACCACCGAACGAACCUACCUGAAGGACCUUGAAGUCAUCACAACGUCUUUCCAGAGUGCUGUGACCAGAGAUGAUGUCAUGCCGGAACAGCUGAAGACCAUGAUCUUCUCCAACUUUGAGCCUCUCCACAAGUUUCACACCGGCUUUCUGAGAGAGGUUGAACAAAGGCUCGCUCUGUGGGAAGGCAGAUCCAAUGCUCACAUUAAAGGCGAUUACCAAAGAAUUGGAGAUGUAAUGUUGAAGAAUCUUCAUUCCAUGAAGCACCUCACCUUCCACCUGCAGAAGCACAGCGAGAUCCUGGUGGAGCUGGAAAAGGCCAUCCGGAGUUCCCGGAAGCUGGAGGCUACGUGCCGGGAAUUUGAGCAGCAGAAGGUGUGCUACCUCCCUCUGAACGUGUUCCUGCUGCGUCCUCUUCACCGGCUGAUGCACUAUAAGCAGAUCCUGGAGAGGCUGUGCAAGCACUACCCGCCCAGUCACGUUGACUUCAGAGAUUCACGGGCGGCACUGGCAGAGGUGGCGGAAAUGGCUGCUCAGCUGCAUGGCAGCAUGAUCAAGAUGGAGAACUUCCAGAAGCUGGUGGAGCUGAAGAGGGAUCUGAUCGGCAUCGACGAUCUGGUGAUUCCUGGAAGGGAAUUCAUUCGUCAGGGGUGUCUCAGCAAGCUGUCCGCGAAGGGUCUACAGCAAAGGAUGUUCUUUCUGUUCAACGAUAUUCUUCUGUACACGAGCAGAGGGCUGACGGCAUCCAAUCAGUUCAAGGUUCACGGCCAGGUCCCUCUCUACGGCAUGACGGUCGAGGAGAGUGAGGAGGAGUGGUCGGUUCCUCACUGCUUUACCCUGAAUGGACAGCACCAGACCAUCAUUGUGGCCGCAAGUGCCCAGGUGGAGAUGGACAAGUGGAUAGAGGACUUGCAGAUGGCCAUUGAUCUUGCCCAGCAGUGCAAUGGGUUAAGCAGCGAGCUACUGACCCCUAGUCCCAGUGAAGGGACUAACAAAUCAACUGAUGAGACGUCCAUAGAGCAGGAAUCUGAAGAUGAUUUAAGUGCCUCAAGGACCUCUCUUGAGAGACAAUCACCCCAUCGUGGAAAUACCACUAUGCACGUUUGCUGGCACAGAAAUACCAGUGUUUCAAUGGUGGAUUAUAGUAUUGCUGUGGAGAAUCAGUUGUCUGGGAACUUGCUGAGGAAGUUCAAGAACAGCAAUGGCUGGCAAAAGCUUUGGGUGGUCUUUACCAACUUCUGCCUUUUCUUCUACAAGUCACAUCAGGAUUCCCAUCCACUGGCAAGCUUGCCGCUGCUGGGUUAUUCGGUUACCAUCCCAGCAGAAUCUGACAACAUUCACAAGGACUACGUCUUCAAGCUGCAAUUCAAGUCACACGUUUACUUCUUCAGGGCUGAAAGUGAAUAUACGUUUGAAAGGUGGAUGGAAGUGAUCCGAAGUGCCACCAGUUCUGCUACUCGUACGCGUCUGCUGAGUCGCAAGGAAUCUCAUGCUUACUGAUCACUCGUGGGGGGGGCACACUGACUUCCAUCAUGCCUUCAUUCCUUUUCUUAAAAGGAAGACAGUUAGUUUGUCUUUAAGAUAUGCCAUGGCCAUAUAGUUAAUUUACAAUUUCUUGUGAUGUCAACAAUCCUUGUGAUGUCCUUGUUACCCCCCCACCCACCAUCACUCCCAGCUUAUUCCAAAAUAAGGCAAAAUUCAACAAUGGGCAGAUUGUCUCACAGCCCAGAGUUAAAAUGUUUGAAAAUUAUGUGUAUAUAUAAAAAUAAUUAGUUACCCUUCUGCUUGGACAGGAGUUUGAAAGAUUGUGUAUCCAGAAUGUACUUGUCUUAAAACUGUAACCCAUAUAUGAAGUGUUUGACAACUUAACUAUUGUAGACAAACUUGAGCUUUAGACCAGUGAUGUUUAGGUACUGACUGAUACCGAUUCGACAAUCAUGUGGUAGGUUCAGAUCAAGUCUAUGUCUGGCCUGUACUGACAAUGAUUUUAAGAAGCCUCAGCUUUAUAAGGGCCCCAGGUGUAUUAUCCUUGCCCGGAGACACAGACACUUUGAACACAAGUGAACAUUAAAAAUAUUUAUCUUAUUUAGCGAGUUGUAAAAAUUGCUGCCGUAUUUAGAGCAGCUGUGAUUCACUUCCAUUUACAAGUCAGAUUGGAAGCGUUCCUUGCAGAGAGGCUGAUUAGAUAUUUACAAAGGCUCCUUUUGUGCGAGACACUAACCCGUUUCCACAUCGUCAGAUUUCCACCUACUGUUUUUAUUUAGCAUGAUCAAAUGGUUUAGAGGCUUAUACAUUGUCAGAGCACAACUUAUAAAAUAUUAAAUUCUUUGUGGUUUUAGGGACUACAAUGCUAAAGAUAACUAGUUCCAUUGAAGUGAAAGCUUGUUUUCAGGGCAGCUGUUUUUACAAAAAUAGACAGUUUUAAGUUUAUUGAUUCCCUGUUGACUCUGUCAACACCCAAUUUAAGAAGAAUAUACAAAGAGAACAUGAAACAUUGGUGAUGCUGUCAUUCUUGAACGAACAGUCGGCAUCACCAAGAAACAGACAAUCCCAUUCCAUAGGCUCAUCCCCAGACAGUUCAAGCAGCACCGACAAUGUAUAGCCGCUGACACUAAAUUUACCUUCAUUUGCUGGAUGAGCAAACACUGUUGUAUCUUGUAUAAGGUGGAUUCUGAGUUUUGGAUGAGGUGUGAAAUGGAAUCAAUUCGUAAAGCAAUGUCGAGUUACUUCCAGAUGUCAGAAGAUGGAAUCGUUCUCAACAGUCUCAUUACUUCGUGAAGAUUCAUCCUUGAAUGUGACCAUAAACAUUAAUUUUCAAAAGAGCUGAGUCUUGGGGAGAGAUCUGAGAUAAUGGACCACUAACUUGGCCAAAGUGUAUAAUGCCAUUGUAUUCUGUCUCAAAUCAUAAUUACCCAGGCAUUCUACACAGCUUCAUGUGAUUGUAGUACACUAGGAAUAAUGCAGAGAUCGAAGUUGCAUAAUGCCAAGUUGACUGGUAGAACUGUCAUUCCCCGUGGUAAGUUCUACACUUUUUAAAUCCAAGGAGCUCUCUGGAGUUUACCUGAAAUUACUGAUGGUAAUUACCAAAGCGUUUGGAUUUUGGGGCCACAUCCAGGUCACAGAAGGUAGAAUAGCGCAGACAGAGGUCCACAUACCCAUAUGAAUGAUCAGAGGCUCUGGUAUAUGGAGCUUCUGCAUCAGAUCCAUUAAAGAGUUCCCAAAAAGCCUCUCACCUCUCCCCAACCCCACUCUGCCAACGGCCUUCGAAAGCCCUUUACAAACAUUAACAUUAUCUUUGGCAAAACAUUUGUUUAGAAGCCUAUCAACUAACAGGGUCAACUUGCCUUAGCCAGUGUCAGGAGGAGGCCUUUUGCAAGGAUUCAUACUAGACAUUAGCCAGCAUCUUCCACUGAGGCCUUGUUCAAUUACAAAGGGUAAAAAUUCCUGACUAGUUCAGGUACUUUAUUCCCUGUUGUGCCUCUUCAUGGGGGCAAGAUGGGUGUAUUCUCUCUUGCCUUGAUCCCACCAAAGCCCACUGCUGUACACUGAAUGGCUGUAGCGUAAACAGGGUAUUCCUCCCUGAAUUCCAGUUUUUUUGGUGAAGGCUGGAAUUUAAGGGCCAUAUUUUGAGUUUGCCUUACUGACAUUUGUCAAGAGCUAUCUUGGCACAAGGGAAAUGAUUACAAUAUCCAACAAUGAGAAAGCCAAUACUGAAUCAAGCAUUUAAAAUGCUGGAGUUAAAAGAUUCUAAAAAAAACACAGAAAAAGUAAAUCUAUCAGAAGAAAGGUUAUGUGUCGGGAGGAGUGGCACUGAGUACAAUCACACAAAUGCAAAAGUUACAGUGGGACUUCAGUUGACUGUAACCAAAUGUUAAAGUCACUAAGUGUGCAACCAACCUGUCUACAAACUUUUGCAAGGAAAGAGUUCCUCUUUUAUAACUAAUUAUAUGGAAUUUGACUUUUUAAAAUGGCCUAAACCAUUUCAAUAAACUCUACCUUGGCACCCA